AUGUUUUGUUGGGGUAAUGCGACUUAUCAUGAACUAUGUAUAGAAGGACCAGAUACCCUUGACUUGGUUAUAAGACCUACACUGUCGAAAUGGAAAGAAAGCAAUCACAUGAAAGCAAUAGCUGCUGGAGAAUUCCAUACUAUGUACUUGACAAGUAGUGGCACCUUAUAUUCUUGUGGAAAUAAUGAAGUAGGCCAGUUAGGACGCCAUACAGAAAAGACAGAAGGCAAACAUCCAGCCCCUGUUGAGACAUUCAAAGACUGUACAAUUGUAACAGUGGCAUGUGGUAUGCAGCAUUCUGUUGCUCUGGAUGAAUGGGGCCAGCUCUUCAGUUGGGGAUCAGACAGUUUGGGACAAUUGGGCAGUAAUCUAGGGAUUCAUGCUCAAGAUAAACCAAAAUUUGUUAAAGGCCUUGCAACAAAAAAUGUUAUACAAGUGGCCUGUGGAGCAUACCACUCAAUAGCUUUGACAAAUAAUGGUGACUUGUAUGCAUGGGGUGCAAAUAGCUAUGGCCAGUGUGGGUUGGGAUCGCUGACGAGCAAACAAAUGGUACCGCAACCAAUCACCUCGUUACUCGGAGUCCCUAUUGCACUGAUCGCAUGUGGCAGUAACCACACCUUCGCCUUAUCUAAAUCUGGUGCUGUAUUUGCAUGGGGUAAAAACUCACGAGGCCAACUGGGACUACCAGAAAGGGACAAUAAGUGUUAUCCGUCUCAUUUGAAAACAUUAAGAAAUGUUAAGGUGUGCCAUAUAUCGUGUGGUGAGGACUUUACCGUAUUUCUUACGUUAGACGGCGGCGUGUUUACUUGCGGGACUGGUGAAUAUGGACAGACUGGCCAUGGUACCACAAAAGAUGAACUGGUUCCUAGAAAGAUAAUGGAGUUAAUGGGCAGUACCGUCACUCAAAUCGCUUGCGGUCGUCGACAUUUGUUAUGUCGGGUUGGGGAACGUAUCCUCGCGUGUGGGUACGGCGCUCGCGGCCAACUCGGGUGUCCGCAUAUGGCGUUCUCGCUUGUACCCACGCCCGUGCCGUUCACACCGAAUGAUGAGUCGCCGUUCUCACCAGAUGUUUUCAAAGGCCCUAUUAAGGUGUUCGCGGGUGGUGAUCACAGUUUUUUAGUAACUUCAGAAAAGUCCAGCCCAAGUGAUUUUCGUCAGCCAGAUAGUAGUAAACAAAUUGUAACGUUAUCGAUACCGAAGUUGGGCACUUGUGAAGUCUUUAAGGACGACGAUGUGGUAAACCAGGAUUUAUUAGCUUACCUUGAGACGGUGUUUGGCUCUUUAGCGUGUGUGAACGGUUCAUUCCUAACACCCAAUAAUGCGCAUUAUGGCUGCAGCACUAAAGUGCCUGGUGUAGAUCUAAAGAAAGCUGAGCAGGCUUUUACCAUAAUAAGUAGAUUUGAAAACUCCACUAUUAAGGAACUUAUUUUCACUAACCUAACAGAGAACAUAAUAAAGAAGAUGAAAAGCUCUCCCCCGGACGCUGAAGUACUAAGAAUGUUUCUCGUCUUGCCCUUGUAUCACGAAAUGCGAAACCCAAGGCGUCAUGUUGAAUUACAGGGACCCUUCGCAGAAGCCUACAACAACUUGGUGGGGCAAGCGCAGCGAUUAGUAAAUGUAUGGUAUGAAACAGAAUCAGUAGAAUACUUCGAAAUGCUCGUUGAUAUAUUUAAAAGCGUUGUUGUAUAUGAACUAAGACAACCUGCGGUGAUCGCGAAUAAGAGGAUUUACUUCAGUCAUAGUAUCAUACAGAUUCUUAAUACUCUAUCGACAUUAAACAAAAUCAAUUUUGUCAAUCCAAAGAAACCGAAAAUACCAGCUGAAUGUUUCUACAUAGAAGAUUUGUGUAACCAUGUUGACAUCGCAACAGAUUACAUCAACUGGCUUUCAGAUCAUGCUUCCAACCACCCACACAUGUGCAAUUACGCGUUCCUAUUCGACGUUCAAUGCAAAUCUUUACUGCUAAGGAUAGAUCAACAGUUACAAAUGCAGAUUGCAAUCAGUCGAGCUGCUACUCAAAUGUUCACUAGACUAUUCACGGAUCCUAAUUAUGAGUACCAGAGAGACCAAUUCCUGAACUUGACUGUGUCUAGAGAACAUAUCGUGAGAGAUACAGUGACGCAAAUCAGUAAUCACGAGACUUCUCAACUCAAGAAACCACUUCGAGUAGAAUUUAUCGGCGAGGAAGCCGAGGAUGCAGGAGGUGUUAAGAAGGAAUUCUUUAUGUUAUUAUUGAAAGAAAUAUUCGAUCCCGUGUAUGGCAUGUUCCAACAGUCUGAAGAUUCCAAUAUGAUCUGGUUCUCCAAUAACCCCUUUGAAGAUGAAAUCAUGUAUUAUUUGAUUGGAGCCAUUUACGGCUUAGCUAUAUACAAUUCGAUCAUCAUCUACGUUCCUUUUCCGUUGGUGUUAUAUAAGAAACUAUUAGAAGAGGCUAUUAUGUUAGACGAUCUGUCGGAUAUCUAUCCAACGGUUGCAAAUAGCUUAAAAAGUUUACUUGACUAUCCGGACGAAGAUGUUGAAGAUGUAUUCAGUUUAUGUUUUGCGGUAAAUACAGAAGUCUUCGGCGAAAUCCAAGUGCAUCCUUUGAAGGAAAACGGCGAGAACAUUUCCGUAACUAAUGAAAAUAAACAGGAAUAUGUUGAAUUAUACGUUAAUUUCCUCAUUAACAAGUCUGUUGAGAAUCAGUUCAAAGCUUUCAAUCAAGGGUUCCAGAAGGUGUGUGGUGGUAGGAUUAUUAAAUUGUUUAGGUCACACGAACUCAUGUCAGUUGUAAUGGGCAAUGAGGAUUAUGAUUGGGAGGUGCUGGAAAGCAAUUGUGAAUACAAAAAUGGUUACACUGCUACCGAUCCACAGAUCAGAUGGUUUUGGGAGACAUUUCAUGAGCUGUCCUUGGAAGAUAAGAAAAAAUUCCUGCUGUUCUUGACUGGUACAGAUCGAGUACCCAUACGAGGAAUGAGAGACAUCAAAAUCAGAAUUCAAGCGGUCGCCGACGACCGGUACUUCCCGGUGGCACACACAUGUUUCAACCUCUUAGAUCUUCCUCGUUACAAAACUAAGGAGCGGCUCAAGUAUCACCUACUGCAAGCAAUUCAACAAACACAGGGUUUCUCUCUUGUCUGA